AUGUCUAGUUUAAAUGAAGAGCGUCCAUUCAUAUGCGACAUGUGCCCCUUGCGAUUCAAAAGAAAACAAUAUUUGCAAAGGCAUAUGGCAGUCCAUUCAGGCGAUAGGAAUUUUGUGUGCGAAGCAUGCCAUAAAACUUAUAAAUACAAAAAGGGGCUCAAUAGACACAUAUCAAAAACACAUGUCGAUUAUUGGAAGGAAUUGAAAAAGACGCACCCGAAAAGAAAGCCUUCUAAGCCCCCUAUGGAAAAGCCACAAAUAAAAGAAGAGACGCCAGCUAUGAAUCCGACUCAAGAACAACUCAGGGUGAUGUGGUUCUUUGGGAAGGAGUUUUCUGAUAUAAAAUACGUUAUUUUGAGAUUUUUUAAUAUAAAUAGGUAGGAAUUUAUAUUAAGGGAAUUGAUUUAGGAAUAGAAGCGUUCUUUGCAAUGAUGAGCAUGCAAUAUUUUUUGUGUUAUGCGGGAAGGACUAACAAUAAUUUAUAA